GGUCUAAGGUGGUACCACUGCUAGAACUGUUUGAACUACAGCUGAUUAUCUGAACCUACCUAGCUCUAAUAUUACGUGUUGUUUUUUAAUAUUUACGUAUUGUUUUCUUAUUUUCAAAGCUUUAACGUUAAGUGCAGCCUGCAGUAGAAUAGAAGUUGUAUUGCUUGUUAAUGAAUUCGAAGUAACAUUUUUUAGAAUCUUUAUGACAAAUUCGAUGAUCUGUUGGCUGUGAAAUGAAAACGUUUUGCUGGCGGCAAAAUAACCUCUUUUAGUAAUCAAUUAUAUUACGGAAUCAUCUUCUGUUAACGAAAAUAUACCUUAUACGGAAUCUUGGAGAUCUGAAGUUGUGGGAUGAUUCAAUCACCAUUUUGUAUUAUUUGGCUUUUAAUAAUUUCCAACUUAUUUUUGCUAUCCCGGACUCUUGACCAAAAGGAAGAAGUCAAAAAUGUGAAACUGGCUCCGUGUCAACUGUGUAGAACUCUAGUCGACUCUUUCAAAAAGGGAAUUGAAAAGACAGAAAAAGGGAAUUUCGAAGGAGGAGACAGUGCUUGGGAGGAAGAGAGGAGAUUAGUUUAUGCGAAAAGUGAAGUACGUUUUGUUGAAAUUCAAGAGCGCUUAUGUUCAGAGGUUGAACGAGGACAAGCCCACUGCCAGAGCACCGCUGAACUAUGGGAACAUCAUCUGGAGAAUUGGUGGAACCAUCAUCAAGAUAAGGAUUUGUACGAUUGGCUUUGUAUUGAAACAGUGGAGGAUUGUUGUCCGACCAACCAUUAUGGUCGCAGUUGUUCACCAUGCUUAGGCUAUCCUAAUAAUGUCUGUAGUGGCAAUGGACGUUGUAAGGGGAAUGGUACACGAAAGGGAAACGGUGAAUGCAAGUGCGAUAAUGGUUACGAUGGUACACUAUGUGAUAAAUGUGCAAUAGGCUAUUAUGUAUCAUAUCAAGAUGAAUUAAAACUCUUGUGCUCCAAGUGUCACACAUCUUGCGAUGGAGAGUGUACACAAGCUGGACCGAAAGGUUGUUUGAAAUGCAAGAGUGGCUGGAUGAUGAGUUCAGAAGGUGGUUGUCUUGACAUUGACGAAUGUAUAUCGGAUUCUGGCAGUGGUCCUUGUUCUAAUCAGCAGUUCUGCAUCAAUAAAGAAGGCUCCUAUACAUGUCUAGCUUGUGACCCCGCAUGUGACGGCUGCAAUGGUGACGGCCCUGACAUGUGCACCAGAUGUGCACAAGGAUUUAUUCUCAAAGACAAUCUCUGUGUUGAUGGGCCAAGCUGGGAUAACGAGGGAGCCGGUCAAACGACACGUUACAUAACAUAUCUAGGGCUGUGCAUAGCUACAUUCAUCAUUUUUCAAAAGAACCCCAUCAUAGCUAGUUUCAUUGGAAUUCUGGCCUUCAAUUAUUAUUAUCAUCAGAGGAUUGCGAUACGUGGUAUAAUGUAUAGCACAAAAGUAUUUGGAAGUCAUUAAAGGCAUUGAAACAAUUCUCUAUAUCUCUACUACCUGCAUAGCCUAAUUGAUAAUAAUGUUAUUGUUAAAUCUGUUGUUGAUAAAGUAUCUACUAUUCAGUAUCCUCUCAAUAUUAGUAGAUCAAUAUCAACAUUUUAAUCAGUAUACUAGUGUUGAAGUUCCUAUGAUAGUCUAGAAUUUAUUGUCCCAAUACACUUACAUUAUGAAGUUCUAAGAUUAAUUAAUAACUCUACUGCAUUAAGGGCUGGUCCCUUUAAUUGCAUUUUUAUAUAACUGUUGUGUUUUUUUGUCAUUAAUGACAAAAAUCCAAGCUGCAAUGAAAUUAUAUUAUAAAUAUCAUAUAGUUCUUUCGAAUGGUUAAAAUUGAUUUUAUAUUUUCAAUAAAAAUCAAUGCCUUAGAAUAUUUUCUAUAUAACCCUUAUUGCAAUUGAAAUAUUUCUUGAUGUCAUGCUUCUCCUGAACGUUCAAUAUCGGUGAAUGUACUUUUUAUUAUACUUGAUUGAUACAAACACUUUAUACUUCACUGGUUGAAACCACCUAAAACUAUAGGACCAUUAACUUCCAUCCUAUUCUCCACUUACAAACCUACAGCUUAUGAGAAUCAUCUUCAGCAAAAAAAGAACCAUUUAAACUCUUUUGUCAAAUAAUGUCAAGAUUAUUCUCUUUUUGGGGGUGCAAAGUUUUGAAUUCGCUCUAGAUGUAUGUAUAUAAUUAACUUUUGAGUUAUAAACAAUGUAAUAUCUUUUAUAGAGCGCAUGUUGCGUUCUCUCAACAGCUAUUUGAAAUAGACACAUAAUUAUAAUAAAUUGACUGCAUACAUUACAGUACACUACAUUGAAAAUCUAACAAAUCAGACUUCAAAAGUGGAAUUUGAUUUUUCAUGUAAUCAUUCAUUUCUUAUUUGAAUGUUUUAUCAGUAACUUUAAAACGGUUUGAGAUAUUGAUGUGCGGUCUUCGCCUUUCAUUUUUUCUUGAAAUCCUGUAUCAUCUAACCACUUUCCCAUUUAAAAAAAUGAAGUUAUAUUCAAAAUCUAAAAAAUUACCAAGAUGGUGGACCAAAAUUUUGACGCGAUAGAGUAGUUUUUUUAUUGCAAAUAGGAUUCUCAAUGAAACCUACUGUCAAAUUAUCAUGUUAGAAAAAAUAUUAAGCUGUUUUCAUCGUUUUAACCCAUCUCUCUUAUGCUCCAAUACAAUGAGGCUGCGCUCACACUGCAUGCAUUUUCGUACAGAGGUUGAUCGUGCAAAUACUCACGGAAGCGUACGGAAGAUUCAUAUGUUUUCAAAUAGAAGUGAUAAAUGAUGUUAUUCAAAUAGAUGCUCACUGUAAGUACAUUCCGUCAUUUCGAUCUCUCCAUGUUGCAAUAGUUUUCUCAUUUCAAAUUUAUUCACACAAAAUGACGAAUUUAUGUUAAGCUGAUUGUAGGAUUUGAGUGAUUCGGAGUAACCAUCAAUGCAAACCUUUGAAAUAAAUUAAUAUCAGAGUAAUUCUAAUUUUAUUGAUGGUUAACCUUGAUAAAAAAAAUGACAGCACUUGGUUAUUAUCAAUAUCAAUUCAUUCUUUAGAACUGAUUUCCAGUCUGAUUCGGUCCUUCAUGCUUACUUUUUAAAGGAGAGAAACGUAAGUGUGACCGCAGCCUUAGGUUUUGCGCGUCUUGUAAAGAGUAUGCGCAAUCUGCAAGUUGUAUAUAUUGUCUCAUUCACUGCAACACAAUCAGGUUACUUAGGUAUAAAUGUGCCCCAAAUAGUCUAUUUGGACACAUUUUUGUAAUGAAUGUCACUGAUUGGGCUGGUUCCAACAAAUUUAAUAACUUCACAACUUAUUUUGUAAACUUUGUACUUAGUUCGGGCAAUAAAUGCUCAGAAAAGGGUACAGAUAGAAAAUAAUUUCCCACAGGGGUUUAGAAGACAGUUUUCAACCCCGCAGUUCUGUUUAUGGUAGUAAGGAGGUAAACAUGUCAAAAGUAUCUUUGCUAAGGGGGUGUGGGUGGUUCGAAGGUACCAUUUUCUGGUUUCUCGCAUUUAUCUCGAAAACCAUGUGUUUUACGGACAUGACUAUCCUAUGCAAAAUUGAAGCUUACAUAAUUUCCUACAAUACUCAUCCUACAACUUUUUCUAUAUAUUUUCUAGUGUUCUAUAUAACCGCUUUUGAAAGGUGACAUCUUUGGAAAAACAAGUUUUUUUUCAAUGUUUUGCUGUUAUUACUUUAAAAAAGAAUUGAAAAUUCCAUGUUGAUUAUGAGCACAUUAAAAUUUCUUCAAUUUUAUGUAUAAUUUCACAAUUUUAAGCAAUGAAGACUGUAGAAUCUUCAGUUUUUCAACAAUAGACCAUAUCAGAGAAAAUUGAAGGGAAUGUCUGGAACACAAUUUUUGACUUUGCAGCUCAAUUGGGACUAGUUAGGAGAUAAAUAUGGCAAAAGUUGCAUCUCUAACCCUUCUAUUGAAGGUGUGGAAUCGCUAUAUUGACACUUUACUAUAAGCUCAUAAUCAGCAUGAAUUUUUUCAAUCAAUUUUUAAAAAGUUAUUGUAGAAAAAAUUGUAAUCAAACCAUCAAACGUGUUUUCUCAAUUAUGUCACACUUUCAAGACCGGUUAUUUUUAAAACUAUAGAGAAUAUAGAAAUCGCUGUUAGAUGAAUGAAUAUAUUGUAGGAAAUUAUGUAAGCUUCAAUGUUAUAUUUGGUUUUCGAGAUACAUGCGAAAAACCAAAAAAAUUUACCUUUGAACCACCCCCACCCCCUUAGCACAGGGGCUCUUGAUAUGUUUACCUCCUUACUACCCUAAACAGAACUGCGGUGUCUAAAAAUGGCUUUCUAACUUUUCCCUCUAUAACCCUUCGUACAAAUUGGUAGAAAUUUGCAUUAGAAAUUAAUUUGUCAAUUGUUCUACGAAAGCAAUAAAAUAAGGUAUUAUAUUGUGAUUGUAUUCUGUAAGUAUUCGAAUCAAUAAUUCUAAAUAUCUUCUUAAAAAGUGUAUCAAGCCAAAUUUCAUAUGUAAUUAAUAAAAAUGUUGAAUUUUCAAGUGUUUCAAGUGCCAAAAAAUCCAAAUCUCACAGGAUGAUCUUUAAGCGUUUUAACGUAGAAUAACUAUACUAGUUCAUCCAUGUUACUUACUAGUCACUAUGUCAAUCUAGUUACUCUAUGGUUAUACUUUAUUCUAGUUUCAAUGUACAUAUGUUAUUCACAUCAAACUAAAUUUUUAGGUCUGACAUCUCAAUUUUUAGAUCACUUUUUAUUAGACUAGCAGUUAGCACGUGCUUCACACUGGUGAAAAUUUUGUGUUGCAAAAUACAAUCUCUUUAUGUCCAGGAAACAAAAAAAUCGCGUGCUACCAAUUACUGAGUGACUUGGAGAAAGCUCUAUUUGGUCGGGCUUUUAUUGUUGUGUAAAUUUCAAAUCACUAAUUGGAUAAAUUUGUUUCAAUUAUUAAAUCAAAAUCAUUUUUCAAUAACAAUGAAAAUACGCCUAUAUCCAUCCUCGGUAGAUUCAGAAUUUUUAUGUAAAAUUGCAAGUUAAUCAGUUCAUUAGUUCAUAAGAGUGAUGAUGCGUCAAUCGUGUAUUUCAUAUCCCGUACAAUACCACCUUCCUUCAUAAUAUUAUAGAAUGAUGUUCAUAUUUAUGUUACCUUCUUCCUUAUUAAGCUAUGGUACAUACAAUAUUAAAUUCAUGAAAAAUUUAUCUUGUAUAACACUUUAUGAAGCUAAUGUGGUGGGUUCCAUUACCCACGCACAAGCAAAAAACUCAUAUUGGCACCCAGCAAAAAAACCUUGAAACCGACUUUCAACUAAUUUUGUUACUUAAACUUCUAAUAGUAUUCAUUAUUAGUUAGCUUAUAUUGCUUGUAAUUUUUUUUUACAGUGUGCCAAAAACUCAGCUUAUAUUGCUCGUAUUUUUUACAGUGUGACAAAAACUCUAGGAUUACAAGAUUCAGGGACAGCUUUUUCAAUUUUUCUGUUUUCAAAUCAAUAUAAAUAUAAAGAAUGUAUUUGAUAGUUACUUUAUAAGGCCUGAUUUGGAAUGGGUAGCAUUAAAUUGUUGUCGCAAGUUGAAAAUUUGUCAGAACAGAUAAAAAAAGCUUCGUAAAAAGACACUAAUUAAAAAUUGUCUGUCAUAAUUCAAUGCUUCAAUUUUCUUUUCAACAACUAAGAGGUAAUUUUGCUUUGAAUGCAUGUCACACCUUUCUACAUACUGACUUAGAUCACAAUUUAUUGUGAUUUAAACGCGUUUCUUCAAUAGUAGCACUUGAAACGUUUGACUUUCAGCACUCAAAACGCUUACUCUGUACACAAGUUUUGCCGUAAGUCUGCCAUAAGUCUUGAAACUUACUCUGCUUAUACAUUACUGAAUAAGAAUGUGUUCGUUUAUAAUAGUUUGUAUUCUACUAUAGGAAUUGUCACUCAAUUGAUGCUGAUGAGUUCAAGCAACAAUAAAUUGAUCUUAUCUCUGAUAAGAUUGCGAUUUAUUCAUAUCAUGAAUUGGCCUUUUUGUAUAUUCUCAAAUUGUGGAAAUCCAAGAUGAUCUGAUUAUACUUAGAGAAUUAUUUUUUUCCUUAUUAUUUGUGGAUUCAGAUUUUUGCUGAUUAGAAGUAUAGUUUUAUGACAUUACCUAUGUAAUGGUUUUUAUGAUCGUUAUAGCACAAGUUUGAUGGAUUUUUAAUUUGUUGGUUAUUGAGAUCUUUGCUUCUGUGAUAUGAGCGAGAGAAAAAAACGAUUCUCGAUAUAAAACAGAUUUUCAAGUGAAAAUGAUGAUCGAGGGAGUAUUGUUUCAAAUUAAAGGACUAUUAUAGUGUUGGAGUUUUAUCACCAAACCUUUUGCUGUUUUAUUCUGGUACCGUAUAUUUGACUAGGUGAAUAAUUUAUACUCUGUUUUACUCAUGUAUUAGUAACAGAGUAUUAGGCUAAGUUGUUGAAUUAUCAUGUUUACCGUAUAUUAUGUGAAUGUGUAUGAUGAGAAAUAAAACUCCAAGUUUUAUCAUU